AUGCCGCUGAGCUUGCAUCCUCACUUGAAGCGGGGACUGGACUUUGACGCCUUCCAUGUCGACCCCAAAGACCUCAUCGAAGAACUACCGGCGGAGUACGAAGACCCUGCGCAUAGGGCAGCAAAGCGACGCAGAAUCGAGGCGAUUGCAUCCCGAUACCUACGCGGCCGACCGCCCGUCAUAAUCACAGCCGCGCUCAGAGGGCCUUUCGACAAUGGCUGGAAGAACCCGUGGACGAAGCCCAUAGUAGAGAAGCGGAGGGUAUCAGGCAAGAACAAUGCGGUAGCGGGCACAAGUAACGCCAAUAGCAAGAAGGUCGCUGCCGGUCGCAACAACACCACCAAACGUAGGAGCAGCUCAAGGCUGAAUGGAGGCAACGGGAAGGAUGUCGUGGAAGACGUUGCGCCCCAGAUGGCGUCACCAGAAACAUCUAGAGCUGCAAGGGACGACUUAGACCACCGCGAACACGACGAUAGCCUCGACGAAAUCGACGUCCCGCUCGCGACAGCGCCCUUGCCCGACGACAACGAUGACGCAUCUGGUACCGCAGAGCCCUUCAGCACGAACACGAACAAUUGCAUACAAAACCGCUCGCCCAUGACCAACCCCUUCUGGUUGCGCCGCCCUGAGUCUGCAAGAGUCGACAUGCGCAAGGCUGCAAAUCGAAACACCGACACGUCCCCAACGCGGUCCCGGUCGCGAAAUAGCACUUCGCAAACCCAGACCCAAACACUGUCAGAACUACGGCUCAGUCUGCCAAAAGCGCCCAUCCAGGCUCAGAGGUCGGCUCCGGAGACACCAGCACAGGAGGAGUGGAGAUCAAGCGCCUCCGCUUCCAUGGUCAUAUCAUCGCCGGCCAAGGAUGCUGAUACACAUGGUCAGGCUGAGCCUGAACCAACUGCAAGCCCACCACGUUCGCAACGGACUGUACCCAUCAUCACUUCUUCAAUGGGCAGUCAAGGAAGGCCAACAAGACAAGACGUACAACAGUCUGCAGAACGUCUUGGCCGCGAAGCACCUGCAUCGAUAUCAAAAGGACAGCCACGGCGCUCCAGUCGUCGAAAUACGCAGGAUGCGCCCACGCCUACAGAUGCACAACAUGGUCCCGUGACCUCGUCUUUGCCGGCUUCUUCGGCUGGCAAACCCCGUAGAAAGGCCAAGCUGAAGCCGAGAGUAGUGAAUUUCGACUCAUCGCCAGAGAAGAUUCCUUCUGCCAAGAAAUCAUGUGCAGAAGACGUCAUCCACAACGAGGCCGACGAUGAGCUGCAGGUGGAUCCAACAGACGCAGUUGUGGUCGAUGUACAAGCGUCUCCACAAGUCGAAGGAGAUGCCAGUGUGAUCCAGAAUGAAAACUCUGAACUGCGCACGAGUCGGUCUAGUCGAGACUCUGACUGGUCUACACAAGCCGCCAUGAUGCGAGCUCAGCUUGAGUUUCAGCAAAGCACCUUCCCCAUGAUGUCCCCGGAGGUUCUCCAAUUGGACUCGCAAACCUCACUUCUUGAUACACCCCGUCCCAUACUAGCCGCAGCCAGUGCAGCCGUUACACCUCUUUCUGCCUUUACUGUCCAGCGAGACGAGCCACUUGCACCCGAGACUAUUCUCCAAGCUCCACCGAUCAGCACGCAAGACCUCUUCGGUGCAGCGUCUCCGUUCGCAUUUAGUACCGUGAAAAAGAAGCCGGAAGAAACGCAAAGAAGCAACUUGAGGUUCGCUUUCAGCCCUAGUGAUGGGGUGCUGAGAGCUGACGCGGUCGCUAAGAGCCCCACUCCUACUGCUGAGCGGGUCCCGCUGAAGAACAAGGACAACAUCACGUCGUUUUGGAGCUUCACCGCGGACAAAGCUUCCCAAAUAUCUCACGGAUCCUUUGGUGACAGGUCGAAAGGGGUAUUGAAUGAGGUCGGAUUUCCAGCGUUGAACAUCGACACGUCACUUGGCGACUUCGGCCCUACCGGUAGUCUGGAUUUCACAGAUCGCUUUCUUCGCAAUAUAGACGACACUUGA